AUGUCUCUCAAACUCUCUCACAUCUUUCAAACCCUCUCAUAUCCAGGGGGCCCCUCUCUCAAUUUCUCUCUCUCUCUCUCUCUCUCAAACUUUCUCUCUCAAACUUUCUCUCUCUCUCCCUCUCUCUCUCUCUCUCUCUCUCUCUCUCUCUCUCUCUCUCUCUCUCUCUCUCUCUCUCUCUCUCUCUCUCUCUGUUCUGUUUCAUCAAUUUCUUGUCAACUGGCUGCCCGGAGGUUAAUGCCCCUCUUCAACCGCGUGGUCGUGGAGCGCAUCCUGCCCGAGGCGAAGACCAAGGGUGGUAUUCUGCUGCCCGAUGCAGUCAAGCCUGCCGUGAACGAGGGUGUCGUGAUUGCCGUCGGCCAGGGUUCUCGCACCGAGUCGGGUGCUUUCUUGGAGCCCCUGGUCAAGACUGGCGAUCGUGUCCUCCUGCCUGACUUUGGUGGCACCACCAUCAAGAUGGAUGACAAGGUUGGUGUUAUGCAGCUAUAUGCGUCAGGCAUGCCCCCCUCCCUGCUACCUGGCCAAUGCUGGCCGGAGUACACGCUGUACCGCGAUGAGGACAUUCUGGCCAAGCUGGAAUAA